ACACCCAAAAUGGCGUUUUCUCAGUCUAUAGGGAAAGCACAAACUCCAGCUGUGUGUCAGUUCUGUGAAGAAUCCACAGAAAUUAAGUGGAAGUGUAUUAACUGUGAAUUAUUUCUAUGUAACCUGUGCAGUUCAAAGAUACAUAGUAAAAGUAAGGCAUCAAUGGAACAUGAAAUUAUCAAUUUAAAAGAUGUAGAAACACAGAACUUUGCUACUUCCAUGCGUAAAGUAGAUCUUGACAACAUGAUAUGUUCAAAGCAUAUUCAACAGAGGUGUUUUUUCUACUGUAAUAAAUGCAGUGAGCCGGCCUGUUCAAAAUGUGUUGUGGAGACCCAUAAACUGCAUGAUUUUAAAGACAUUGGUGAAGUGUAUAAAGAUAUCAUCUAUGAAAUGAAGAAACUAAUAGACUCAUUUGAAUCAAAUCUUCAAAUCUAUAGAAAUGAAAAAGACAAACUGCAAAAAAUGCUUUCCGAUGGUGAUACAAAUUUUCAAAAGACAAAAGGACUAAUUCUACAAGCUGAGAAGGAAAUAAAAGAGGCUAUUUCGAAACAUGCCAAAGACCUCUUACAAGAACUUGAAACAAAAUGGAAACCUUUAGAAAAUAUGACCAAAACAGAACUUUCUGCCAUGAAAAAGAAAGAGGAUGAGUUGGAAACCAAGAAGUACAACCUAAAACAAGCGCUGCAGUCUCAUCAAGUGGCAGACAUUUUUUCUACAAGUAAAAACUUAGGUAGACCAUUACCAGAAUAUGCAGUUAAAACAAUCAAACUUUAUAAUGCAAAGUUUAUUCCUAGCAAUAUGCAAGUGAAAAUAGGAAGUCAAAUGCUUGGUGGUCUUUAUACAGUUCCAGACUUUGAACUUAUAGACACUUAUCAAAGUGAGGUUGGAAAUGUGCCAUGUCUACUUUUAUCUAGUGAUAAUAAUGCCUUUAUAGGAAGCAUUAAUAAUGAAAAGUUACAGAAAAUAAAAUUAGAAAAUCAUUAUAUCAAAGUAGAGAAAGAAGUUGAGAUAGCAGUCUAUAGUAUGACAUUGACAAAGGAUGGAGAAAUACUUGUGUCAUCUGCAGAGAGUGAUCUGAAUCUGUAUACCAAAGAUGGACAGUUAACAACAUUUAAGUCCUUUUCUCCAUUGAAAACGUUAGGAGUCCAUGUAACCAAAGAUAAUAAGUUAAUAGUAGGUUUGAGAGAAUCUAUUCUUUUUCCAUUCCCCCCAACAAAAGACAGUAUCAGAAAACUUUCGGUUAUGAACCAGGAUGGUGAUAUACAACAUACUAUUGAAUAUGAUACAAACAAUCAGAGACUGCUAACUUAUCCUCGUAGAAUUAAUUCUUUCAAUGAUAAGAUAGUAGUUGUAGACAUUGUAAACAAAGAAUAUGAGGGUAGGAUAGUAAUGUUAGAUUAUGGGGGACAACUACAUUGGAUCUACAAUGGUUGUAAUAGUAUCAAUUCUGACCAUGUAAAAUUUUAUCCAAAGGACUUGGCAAUUACCUCUACAGACAUGCUAUUAGUCUUUGAUACUUUAAAUCAUGCUAUACAUGUACUAAAUGCUGCUGGGGAGGUCGUUCUAUGGAAGAAUGUAAAAAGCCUAGGAAUAGAAUUCCCUAUAUGUCUUGAUAUUGACAAAAAUGAGGUUUUAUGGAUUGGGUGCAAAGGUAAGAAGGCUAAGAUACACAGUGUUAAGCUGAUAUAACCAAGAGGUUAUAAUAGACCAGGCACUACCAUUAAAGCUACAACACAUCUUUGUGUUUAAUCUGAAGGGUCAGACCAGGUAUGGGAUCUCACAAGUUUUACAUAGAAGGGAAAAGGACUACACUUCAGCUGAAAUAUUUUGAUUGUCACUUGUUUCAGUGUUUAAUUUCUCCUCCGAAAAAAAUCACUCGCAAACAUCUUCCCUGCUAUUUUUAUUUUAUCAAUUAAGUUAUUUGUUGGUGAAAAAAAGUUUUUAGCACAGUGAAGAAUACAAAUAAAAGGGAAUGUAGACUGUAUAUAUACAUGAUAUGCCUUGACCAUUAGUAGAAAGUAAAAUCACAAAAAUUCUGAACUCCGAGGAAAAUUCAAAACAGAAUGUCCCUAAUUUCCGUGUCAUUUGGUCUCUUGAUGAUAGUUGUCUCAUUGGCAAUCAUACCAAAUCUUCUUUUUAUAUAUAUCAACCACACUUGCAAUAAAAUGCAUUAGUAUUAAAAAAACAAA